CCCCAGCACACACACACAGAGCAGCGAUCGCAGACAUGGUAUGGAGCGGUGUGAUUGACGUGUGACGUCAGUGUGCGGGGCGGAGCGUUGUGUUGCUGAGCAGGGAAGGGAUCCGGUGGCGGUGUUCGGUGGCGGUGUGCACGGCGCUGUGUCUGGGAGGAUCUGGAUGCAGUAUGUAGGGAGAGAAAACGGAAGACGGGGAUCCGCCGGGCACAUCGCUAUCUAUCGGGACAUCUUCCUCCCCCAUUGGAUUACAAGCAGCAGCGCUGGUGGGGUGAGCCGGGAGAACCCCCCACAUUGCUCUGACAUGUCCCCCCAGAUGAGGAGCCCCCUCGGUGCUCACCCCCGGAUCCUGUGCCAGCUGCGGGAUUAAAGGGAUCGGGACAGCUGGGAACAUCAUCAUCUCUCCGAGAAGUCCGGACUGAUCUCCAGCAACAACAUGUGCUGCAACCUUUUACACUCCAAGGAGAUGGCAAAACGAAAAUAUGUGGAAUAACAUAGUCUGCACAGUAAAGAAUAUAAAGGAUGGGAGGCCGGGCCCGGCUGUGUAGAAAGCUGCAUCGUGAGUGUGAUCGAGAGAAUCCAUUAUUGGCCGAGGUCCACAAGCAAAUGAAAAACUAAUGAAAAGACUUCAGGAGCCAGUGAGGGAGCGGUGACCUUCCCAAAGCUUCUUAAAGGCACCGGUGCAGAGCUGCUCGAAGGGAUCCGUGUUCAGAGGACUGUGUUAUACAGGUUCUAAACCUGACCAUGGAAAGGCUGGCUAUUUGUUUGCUGAUAAUAAGCACAUCUGCAAAGGCCAUGAUGUGCCCUAAGAGAUGUUCAUGCCAGAAUGUCUCUCCAUCCUACACUAUCCUUUGUACCAAGACUGGCCUUCUAUUUGUGCCCCCCACCUUAGACAGGAGGACAGCAGAGCUUCGACUCAUGGACAAUUUCAUAACCACUCUUAGAAGGAAAGAUUUUGCUAACAUGACGGACCUUAUUCACUUAACGCUCUCGCGAAACACCAUUAGUCAGGUCAUGCCUUAUGCAUUCUUUGACCUAAAAGGGCUCCAUGCCUUGCAUUUGGACAGCAACAGGUUAACCUUUGUCAAUGAGGAACAUUUUAAAGGUUUACUCAACCUCCGACAUUUGAUCUUGAGUAACAAUCAGAUCCAUUACAUAGCUCCGGGAUCAUUUGAUGACUUUAUUGACACCUUGGAAGAUCUGGACCUGUCCUACAACAAUCUUGUUGAAAUUCCAUGGGAGACUGUUGGGAGGUUAUCCAGUGUUAAUACAGUUGGUCUUGAUCAUAAUCUAAUUGAAUAUGUUCCAGAGGGAAUCUUCUCCAAUCUCCAUAAACUUGCCAGAUUGGAUAUGACCUCUAACAAACUAAAAAAGAUCCCACCGGACCCAUUAUUUUCUAGGAUUCCAGUUUAUGCCAAAUCAAAAGGAUCUCCCUUAACAUCAUUGGUGCUCAGCUUUGGUGGGAAUCCUCUUCAUUGUAACUGUGAAAUGAUGUGGCUUCGGCGUCUUACUAGAGAGGAUGACCUGGAAACAUGCGCCUCACCCCCGGAGCUAAUGGGUAAAUAUUUCUGGUCGAUAAAGGAAGAGGAAUUUAUUUGUGAACCUCCUAUGAUAACUCACCGAACUUCCAAGCUAGAAAUCAUGGAGGGAAAAAGUGUCUCAUUAAAAUGCAAAGCAGUAGGUGACCCUGAUCCUUACGUAAGAUGGAUCUCUUCUGAUGGGAAACUAGUCUCUAAUACCUCUAGGACUAUGUCAUUUGACAAUGGAACUCUGGAUAUUUUCACCACCAGGUUCACAGAUCGGGGAAAUUUUACCUGCAUUGCAUCCAAUGCCGCAGGGGAAUCAACUGCAAAUGUGGAGCUAGUAGUCAACCAAUUCCCCAACCUUGCAAACAGCACCGGCUUUGAGAAGGAAACCGAGUCAGGGCUUUCUGAUAUCUUGACGCCUGCCAAGUCUAGCAUUCCAUCCAAUGAAACUAAAUCUCGGCAUGAUAGGAAGGUUGUGGUUGCAGAGUUGACCUCAUCCUCGGCACUCAUCCAAUGGCCUCCCCAGAGCCACAUUCCAGGGAUAAGGAUGUACCAGAUUCAGUACAACAGCUCAUUAGAUGACAUCCUCAUUUACAGAAUGAUUCCAUCAUCCAGCAAAUCGUUUUUCCUAAGUGACCUGGUGUCAUCUCGUAAUUAUGACCUGUGUGUCCUGGCGGUAUACGACGAUGGCACAACUGCUUUGACUGCAACCCGGGUGAUAGGCUGUGUACAAUUUACAACCGAACAGGAGUAUAAGCAGUGUCGAUCCCUCCAUGCUCAGUUUCUUGGUGGAACAAUGAUCAUUAUCAUCGGUGGUAUCAUUGUGGCCUCCGUCCUCGUCUUCAUUUUUAUUCUACUCAUGAAAUACAAAGUCUACAAUAACCACCCAAAAUCAAACCCAGCCAAGGUCACCAACGUGUGCUCUCAAACCAACGGUAGCCAGAGCGGUACAAUUGGACGCUCAUCUUCAAAACUCAAUGAGAGAAGAGACAGUAUUAUGCAGGACAUCUCUGGAACGUCCAUGAAAGGCAAAACCAUAGUUGACCUCACCCCAGAUGGCGAAAAAGUGACUGUGACUGACACUACCUUUAUAACAACAAACGACGUUCUCUCUCACUAGCAAAAAUACCAAUACCACAAACUUAUGCACCUUUUUUAAAGGGACAAAGAACUGGUCAUUGUGGUACUGUUAAGGACAUUUUCAUGCAAGGAGUCGUCUUUUCGGCUUCAUACCUAUUGUCUAUUUUUAAGAUCAGAUGGUUACAACAAAAAGCUAUUUUUUUAAAUCUGUAAAAAUGAUUACUGCAUUCUUAACUAUUUUUUGGUUCAAUAUUAUUAAAUAUAAAGUGUGUGACAAAAACGGCUAACUAGAAAUAAUUGGUUUUAAACAAUGGCACUUAAAAGGAAGGAUAAUAAAUGUUUCUUUGGUUAUUUUA